AUGCCCCCGCUGCCGACCCGUCGAACAGCCGCUGCCGUUUCGCUUCGCGCUACCUCAAUGACACCCUCGCUCAUGAACAAUGGACGCGCAUCCCCCGCCGAUUCCUUCCCCUCGACUGCCUCUGGGGUUGGCACGAAACGCGAGGAGCCGGACUCUGACGACGCGGCAUCGACAACGACACCGAGGAUGAACCACCGUGACUCGGGUGAUGAAACGAAGAUUGACGUGUUUGUGCGGUGUCGCGGCAGGAACGAGCGAGAGGUGCGAGAGAAUAGCGGCGUAGUGGUAAACACGCAUGGGGUGAAAGGCAGGACGGUGGAGUUGUCCAUGGGGCCGAAUGCCCUCAGCAACAAGACGUAUUCAUUUGACAGAGUUUUUUCACCAACGGCAGAUCAGCAGAUGAUCUUUGAUGAAGUCGUAACGCCUAUAUUAGACGAGGUACUAAAAGGUUUCAACUGCACAAUUUUUGCAUACGGACAAACCGGUACUGGAAAGACAUACACCAUGUCUGGAGAUAUUUCAGAUCACACUCUACUACCCGACGAUGCUGGUAUCAUUCCUCGCGUAUUGCACUCCCUCUUUCUCAAGCUUGGCUCCCUACCAAACUCACCAACCAGCGGCGCUGCCCCCGAGAACUCUGUGAAAGUAUCAUUCAUCGAGCUAUACAACGAAGAACUUCGCGACCUGCUUUCCGCCGAGGAUAAAUCCAACUUGAAGAUUUUCGAUGGAGAUAGCAAGCGUGGAGCUGCAACUGUUGUUCAGGGCAUGGAAGAACGACAUAUCCCCAGCGCGAAGAAAGCCAUUCAGCUACUAAGAAACGGUAGCCACAAGCGACAGGUCGCGGCGACGAAAUGCAACGAUGUCAGCUCCCGCAGUCACACAGUCUUCACCGUCACAGUGUACACCAAACGAACGUUAGCCUCCGGCAAAGAACUUGUAUGCUCUGGAAAGCUGAACCUAGUUGAUCUCGCUGGAUCGGAAAACAUUGGACGCUCUGGUGCGGAGAACAAGCGAGCGGCGGAAGCUGGGCUCAUCAACAGGAGUCUCCUCACAUUAGGCCGCGUAAUCAACGGGCUUGUCGAUCGAUUAGCACAUAUCCCGUACCGCGAGUCAAAACUCACACGGCUUUUGCAAGAUUCUUUGGGCGGCCGAACGAAGACAUGCAUCAUCGUCACGAUCUCUCCUACGAGAUUAAAUCUGGAGGAGACUAUUUCGUCCCUAGACUACGCCUUCCGCGCGAAGAACAUCAGAAACAAGCCGCAGAUCAACAAAUUAAUUUCGAAAAAGACGCUCCUCAAAGAAUUCACUGUUGAGAUAGAGAGACUCAAGUCAGAGCUCACCGCUACGCGACAGCGGAAUGGCGUAUACCUUACACAUGAAGCAUACGAGGAGCUCAUAAAUGAAUCCGAGUCACAUAGUAUUCUAGUCAAGGAGCAACGCGAGAAGAUUGAAACGAUCGAAUGCAAACUUGCCCGCAAAGGACAGGACCUGCUCGAAAUCACAAGCAAUUUCGACACCUUGAAGAAGGACAGCGAAACUACCAAAGGCCUUCUCGACAGCACAAAGUCAUCGCUGGAAAAGACAAAAGCGGCGCUAGCGCAUACGAGGCGCAUGCUCAACGAGGAGACUUUCGUCCGCCAGCAGCACGAGCGCACCGAAGAGCAGCUCACGAGCCUCAAUCGCGAGCUGGUGACAACGCUCGGCCAGUCCACUACGGACAACACAAGUCUACACUUGGGACUACGACGGCGAUUGGAGCUGCACGCGCAGAACCAGGAGCAGUAUGGCGUAACGCAGCGAAAUGUGGUGGACGUCACGACGCUUGUUGAGGGCCGGCUUGCCGAGCUCCAGACGGAGCAGCAAGGGCUCGUGGAGGCGCUUUCAGGGCGUAUGCAGGCAUUCGUCAAGCACGAGCUGGAAGAACUCAAUACGGCGAGAACGGAUCUCGAGAAGAAAAGUACAGCGUUCGAGCGAUCACACAGAGAAGUUACAGGACAGACGACGCAGAGCAAGAACGAGAUGAAUCAGGUGCUGGACGAGGUCAAGAUGCUUAGGGAAGCGCUCGAGGAAAAGGUUGGGGCAGGACUCAAUGACCUAAGCGUAGCUACGAGACGUAUAUCAGAGGGUAUCAUGGCGGAAGUCGAGACCCUCCACACGCAGCUGCACUUAUCUUACUUCAAUCUUAGCAUGGACUUGAAGACGACCUUUGACGACAUGUCGAAAGAGAUCAGUGAGCAGCGCGAAGAGAUGCAGCGGUUACAGGACGAAAUGGCCGAGGCGAACCAACAGCUAGAACGGAGUCAAUCGCAAUCGGUUGACACGCUAUCAGAUCUCGUAGACAAGGAGAGAACUGUCAGAGAGCAGGAAAACAAGGAUCUAAUGCAGCGCAUUGAGAAACUGGUCGAGGCUAACGCGCAGCAGCAAGCGCUGCGUAUUGGAGUGAUCGCUAAGAUCUCCGCACAGCUCAGGUCUGCUGGACAGAGUCAUUCUGCUGCUGGAGCCUCGUUCGAAGAUGGCAGCGAGCAGCUUGCGGAACGGUUAAGGAACUUCAGCUCCAGAUUGAUUAAAUCCCACGACACGAUGAACACACGCAUCCAGGGCGAUCACGCGACCGCGAGCAAGCACACGGAAAACCUCAGGGCCGUGAGUUCUUCCGUCCCCGACGAGACCGCGCGGAUGGUGAAAGAGCACGUCCAGCACCUAGACACGGAGAUGCGCGCCCUCACCACCAUUGUCGACAGCAUCCAGGAGAAGAACAACACCGCACACGCCGCCCAGAGGCGGUCCUUCUCCGCCCUCACCUCAACGGUUCAGGACUCGUAUGCCAACAUCGGUGGUGCCUUUACUGCGUCAUUUGACCGCGUCGAAGGUCUUGGUAACUAUGUCGCGGAACAGACGGAUGGGUUACGCGAGAACCUGCUGCACCUUGACAAGGAUGCGCAUAUCCGCAGACAGCUGGCAGAGUUGAGGCAGCGUGUCGAGCACAAUAAGCUUGAGAAAUACAUCCGUACAGGACAGACACCAACGCGCAGAGAGUACAGCUAUCCGACAGCCGGCACGUGGGGGGAUGAGCCUUCAUCGUCUUCAAGGCCUAGAAAUCCUAGCAAGACGCCCAUGUUUGCGGAUAACUAUGACGUCUCUAGGCAGCAGAUGGAGAACGGUAGUGUCGUUAGGGCAGGCACGGUUAAUAAUGCCACGAGUCUCCGCGAGCUGGAUAUCAACACAAUGAACAACACCACGACAAAGAGCAACAUCACUAGCAUAAAAGACAGCGUGCUCUCGGAGAAAGAUAACGCUAGCAGCAACGCGCUCGCACCCUUUCCCUCGCUCAAGCGGCCCGCCGUAAUCAGCGCUUCAGAGGAGAGCAAGAUUCCGCCUAAGAAGCGCGGGCCGCGCAGCACCAUGGUGCCCAGCAGUGCGAUGCUAGCGGAUAGGGAAAACCUGAUGAUGCCGAAUCUGAGCGCGAGCGUGGGGCAUGGCGCAGUGUUUCCGUUGGGAAGGACGCUGAGGAGCCAUAAUAGGAGCAGAUAA